AAGUCACUUCGACUACAAAUCCCAUAAACGCCGUAACGUUCACUGCAGUACGUCAUGACGCACAAACGUAAACAAAGACGAUUCUGCUAGUGUGCUAGCUUAGUUACUAUACCCAGGUACGUCUGAUACGUAUUAGCUCUCCUUAGCACUGUUGCUCGUUAUUUUAACACCAAUUUGCUGUCAGUCUUUUAUUAAGAACAAAAUAGUAGCGAUAGUGAAAUAUUUCUCAUUGAUUUGCCUUUAAAACCGGAAACAUGGCGGUUUCUGAGUGGCGUUUGUCGCUGAAGUUAAUAGACCAGCCUUCUCUUCCGAAGUCAGUGCUUCAGUUCCCAGAGGCUGAGCCCGGUGAUGUCCCACCUGGUCAGUAUCGUGUUGCGACUCUUAAGCAGCUCGUUUCAGUUCAGAUACCGGACGCGAUUCCAGAUCCUGAGCUUAUAGAGUUGGUGUAUUGUGGCAGGAAGCUGAGGGAUGAACUGACGUUAGACUCUUAUGGGAUCCAAUCAGGAUCAACAGUCCACAUCCUGAGAAAGUCAUGGCCUGAACCUGAGAUCCACCCAGAGCCCGUGGACAGGGUGACGGCCGCAAGAGAAUUUCGUGUCCUGCAGACAGCUCUUCACACCAGCACAGCAUACAGAGACUCAGUUUUUAAGAUGCUGAACAACAAGGAGUCUUUGGAUCAAAUCAUUGUGGCGACACCUGGUUUGAGCACUGAUGCAGUCGCCCUUGCUGUGCUUCAAGAUAAGGACCUCUUUGUGCAAUUCUCAGAUCCAAACAUGCUUGACAUGUUGAUUAGUUCUCACCCAGCAUUGGUUAAUGCCAUUAUAUUGGUGCUGCAUUCUGUAGCUGGCAGUGUUCCCACCCAGCAGAGUGCCAGCUCUUCUAGAAAUGCAUCCUCCAGCUCCUACAGUGAGAUGCCAGGUGGAUUUCUCUUCGAAGGCAUGUCAGACGAUGAGGAUGAAUUCCAGUCUGGGACUCGCAGUGGUCCAUCCUCAAGUUCUGCAGGUUCUUCGGGACUGAGGCCUGCUUCAUUAGGUUACAGUGGUGCAGUAGGUCCCAGGCCAAUCACACAGAGUGAACUUGCUACAGCUCUGGCCCUAGCCAGCACUCCAGAAAGCAGUGCUGUUACACCUACCAUAGGAAACCAGGGAGCUUCUUCAGGGGUUUCCCCGAUCCCUGCAGGAACUCCGAUAACAAAUGACCUUUUUAACCAGGCACUACAGCAAGCCUUACAGGUGUCUAACAUAUCGUCUCUACAGAGUCAGUGGCAAUCUCAGCUCCAGCAACUGCGUGAUAUGGGAAUCCAGGACGAGGAGCUGAUUCUGCGAGCCCUACAGGCCACUGGAGGAGACAUCCAAGCUGCCCUAGAACUCAUUUUUGCUGGGGGAGCUCCAUGAAAUGAUGCCUAAUCAAGGAGCAAACUGUGCAAUAUGUGUGCAGUUAUAGCUGUACGAAUAAUUCAUGAAUAGAACUAGAAACUAGAAAAGCUAGUUAGUUCACCCCUUUUUUCUGACUAUGUGAGCUUACAUAUUUUAUUUAUUUUAAUGCCACUAAGUAUCUGAGUAUACAGUCCCCUCAAGAAUUAGAAGCACUUUGGCUCCUGAUUGUGAGUUUGAUUCUUGAUGAUGCCACAGCCACCUCAGAUUGGCAGUGAUUUCUGGAUGGGAUGGAUAUCACACUGUCAAUCAAAGAACAUUCGCCAAUCAUGGGUGUCUGUGAGGUCCUGCAUGCAAAAAAGUGCAGGUAACACUUUUGUCUGUGUUAACUGUAUGUUGUCCUGUAUGUUUUCAAAAAGAUUUGGUUCAUAUUGGCUGGCUAAACAUGUUUUAGAAGAAAUAUUUGUUGCCCUUCACCCUUCCUGGUUUAAAGCACAAAACAGAAAACUUUUGUUUUCUAAAAUAAAAUUAAUAAUUUUAAAAUUA